AUGAGACUCACCAGCCUGGUCUUUGGCACUUCUUUCGCUGCUAUCAUCCGGCAAGGCUCAGCCUUUUCCUCGACCCUCUCACGCUGUCCAUUGCCAUGCAGCGUUUCAGGGCCUGAACCUUCCAAUUGGACAUACUACCAUGACAUCAACGCCCUCCAGGACUGCAACGAGCCAACCCUCUUCGACCUGAACAUCUACAACCCGGUGCAAAACCAAAACGCGCAUGUUGCCCUGCGAGCCUGUGUCGCAGCACCAAGCUCUGACACGACUGUCAGGAGGGCAACCUCGACCUGUGGCCACAAGACCAGUCAAACGCAAGCCGACAUCCAGCUUAUCUGGUGGGGGAAGACCGAUGCAGGCGUCUCAACCCAGGUUGCUUCGGCAGCCGAGCAAUUGCGUUCUGCUCUCCAACAAGACGAGGCAAAUUGCGAAGAGAGCAGCAGCAUUCUCUUUGCCCAGUCGGGAAACGCCGUGGUGGGCAUGUAUGUGGGUUCGGAGAUCGAGAAACUCAGCGCCGCCGACAUCAUCCAGAAGUUCAUCGAUUAUGGCAAUGCAAGAUCAGGAUUACCGGACCGCCUGGCAGCCCAGCUGUGCGGCAAUAUCGGCAGUCAGAUAUUCGGGGUGUUCGCCGACACCACAGGAAAUGUCUCCGCCGUCCAGGAGGCACUUCGAAGCUGGAACGAGGCCAAGUGCCUGGCCGGAUUCGAUGGGGAGCAAGUCUGGCCUAACACGGCCGUUGCAAUGAUCCUGCCAUCGCCGAUGAGUUCCGCCACAAAGAGGUCCCUGGAUCCUCGGGGUAAUACUUGCUCCUAUAUUCAAGUCAAUGCCGGGGAUGGCUGCUCCUCCCUCGCCCAGCGAUGCCGCAUCUCCCAGGCCGACCUGCAAAAAUACAACCCUGGUUUGAACUUCUGCAACACGCUCAAGCCCGGUCAAUACGUCUGCUGCUCUUCCGGGUCCUUACCGGACUUUUCGCCCAAGAAGAAUGCAGACGGUUCCUGCUUUUCGUACACCGUCAAGACCGGCGACGUGUGCGCUAAUAUCGCGACCGCACACAACAUGACACCGAACCAGAUCGAGGCCUAUAACAACCACACCUGGGGCUGGCAGGGUUGUGACCACCUCAUGGUCGGCCAGGUCAUCUGCCUCAGCGAGGGGGAUCCGCCCAUGCCAGCGCCCAUCCAGAACGCCGUCUGUGGGCCGCAGGUGCCCGGCACGAAGAAGCCGACCAACGGCACAGUCCUGGCAGAUCUGAACCCAUGCCCGCUCAAUGCGUGCUGCGAUAUCUGGGGCCAGUGCGGCAUCACGCCCGACUUCUGUACCCCGGACCCGGCCAGCACGGGGGCCCCGGGGACGGCGAAGCCUGGCAGCAACGGGUGCAUCUCCAACUGCGGGACCAACAUAACCAACAAUAAUGCUCAGCCGAAGAAUUUCUUCCGAGUAGGCUAUUUUGAGGCCUUUAAUGGGGACAGGCCUUGCCUGCACAUGGCCCCCUCCGACGUUGAUACGUCUACCUACACACACGUGCACUAUGCCUUCGCAAACAUCACCAGCGACUACCAGGUCGACGUCAGCAAAUACCAGAACGUGUUCAAGGAAUUCGUGAACCUGAAAGGCAUCAAACGGAUCCUGUCCUUUGGCGGGUGGUCGUUCUCGACCUCCGCGGACAGUUACCCUAUCUUCCGGAACGGCGUGACGGAGGCACAAAGGAGUCAAUUUGCUAAGAACGUAGCAAAGUUCAUCGUCGACAAUAAUCUGGAUGGAGUCGACUUCGACUGGGAGUACCCCGGUGCCACGGACAUCCCGGGGAUUCCCCCGGGCAGCCCCAGCGACGGCCCCAACUAUCUAGCCUUUCUGAAGGAGGUUCGCGCUGCUCUUCCCAGCGGCAAGUCCGUGUCCAUCGCCGCGCCCGCGUCGUAUUGGUACCUCAAGGGGUUUCCGAUCAAAGAGAUCAGCGAUGUCGUCGACUACAUCAUCUACAUGACCUAUGACCUGCACGGGCAGUGGGAUUAUGGUAACAAAAAUGUCGACCCGGGUUGUCCGAAGGGCAACUGUCUUCGAUCCCACGUCAACAUGACCGAAACGCAAUAUGCCCUGGCCAUGAUCACCAAAGCGGGCGUUCCUGCCAGCAAAGUCAUCGUUGGGCAGGCCUGGUACGGGCGGAGCUUCCAGAUGAGCCAGGCGGGCUGCUGGGGCCCCAAUUGCACCUUCACGGGGCCCGAUUCGGGGGCAUGGCCAGGACCCUGCACCCAGACACCAGGCUAUCUCUCGUUUUACGAGAUCCAGGAGAUCAUCUCGCAGGCCAACGAGCCGGACCUGUACAACACGACCGUCCAGCAGGAGCAGCUCUCGGACAUGAGCGAUAUCCUGAUCUACGAUUCGACCCAGUGGGUCUCGUACCUGUCCCUCAACAGCUACGGGCAACGCCUCGGCUGGUACGCGUCGCAUAACUUCGGGGGCACGGUUGACUGGGCCCUGGAUCUCCUGGCCGACUACUCGGGCGGAAAGGCCUUUGAUGGCGAUGAGUCGCAGGGCGAGGACGCGCCCUGCGAUUUCAGCGUGACGUUCAAUACACUGGCCGACCUGGCGAAGGCGUCCAGUAAGUACUCGCCCUACUGCUCGCAGAUCUAUGCGGUGCAGACGCUCUCGAACGAACUGUCCACGGCCAUGGCCAACUACUCGGCCGUGAACAACGGCUACGACGACCUGUUCGGCUACUACGUCGACUACGUCAAGAGCAUGAUCCCGGGGGCGUUGGACUCGUUCAUGGACUACAAAAACGGGAAAGGAAACCAGUACUUCAAUUGCACGUUGAACGUGGAUGGCCGCAACACCACGACGCAGAAGUGUCCCUUGCCGGAGAAAACACUGGCCUCGGGCUCGUACGAGCUGUACUUCGACCUGGUCGAUCCGAACGGAUUCUACAACGCGCUGGAGCAGGACUACGGCAUCGACAAGUCGUGGGUCAAGUUCGGCACGAAGGAUUUCGAAAACUCCUGCGUUGGGCAACAACACGGCUGCAUUAUCAUCCGGCGGAUCUGGAACGGGUAUCCCCAAGAGGCCGACAACAUUAAUGUGCCGAACCCCAAGGACCUGCUCACCAAGGCGGUGCCCAGCAUGCAGAGCCUGCAGGACAAGAUCGACGCGACGUGGAUGGAUCUGAUGCUGGCGGAGUGGAACGGCACGGCGCUGGACGCGGCGCAGGUGCUGGCGUUGCCCGUCGCGAUGGUGCAGCAGGCGGUCGACUCGAUGGCACAGGUGAAGCAGAUCGGCAAGACGGAGGAGGAGCAGAAGAAGAAGGAGUUGAUCCUGGACAUUGUGACGGCCGUGGUGGCCGUGGUACCCUU